GUAAGCACAACGAACUCACUGAACAACAACACAGUCGCAAACAUGGCGUUCAAUCUCAAUCGUCUACGAGACUUCAUUCCCAAGGAGCUUCCAAGAAUACCAUCUUGGACGCCAGCCGACGCCGAUUCCGAUACGUACGAUUCCCGCCCCGGGACAGCACAAACAGGUGACUCCGCCGAUCCAGACGCUGUGCUUCGCAAUGAUCGAAUAUCGAUGGUCCUUGCCGACCCGACACCAAUUGGCCCAGGACCCAAAUCGAAUCUCGACUUGAUCAACGAAUGCGACAACUUUCCCUACUACCAAACGAACCCGAAAUUGUUCUUCGCUCACAUCAAUACAUAUUAUGCUCUCUAUGUUAAGGGCUAUCCAGAAACAGAGCUGGGAUAUCUCCUUCCGAGCGUUACGGAGGUGUUCCGGGGGCUGCCAGACUGGUGGAUCAACGACGAGGAGAGAUCAUUGACUUUGGUCAGCGGUAACACAGAGGCUGAGAGGACCAAGAUUGUGGAAGCAACGAUCCGGGCUAUGCAUGCGACUGGGCAUUUCAAGGUCCUAUCAAAAUGGAGGGACGAGCUGUAUCCAGUGUAUGGGCCCAGUGGAGAACUGCUGUUCAGCAUGGAACGAUCUGCAAGUGCUCUGUUCGGAAUCGUCACAUAUGGCUGCCACAUGACAGCAUACGUCAAAGGGAAUGAGGAGAAGGAAGAACAGACACGGAUAUGGGUACCGAGAAGAGCAGCAGACAAGCAAACAUACGGCGGUAUGCUGGACAACACGGUGGCUGGUGGCAUUGCAACAGGAGAAUCGCCGUUCGAAAGCUUGGUGCGAGAAAGUGCAGAGGAGGCCAGUCUACCAGAAGAGCUCGUGCGAAAGAAGGCAAAGGCAGUCGGAACAGUCACAUAUUUCCAUAUUCGCGACCAGCGAGCCGGUGGUGAGACACGAUUGCUACAACCAGAAUGUCAGUACGUGUACGACUUGGAAGUGACGCCAGACGUUGAGCCAAAACCUUCAGACGACGAGGUCGAAGGGUUUGAGCUGAAGACGGUCGAGGAGGUCAAAGAGGCUAUGAGAAAUGGCGAGUUCAAGCCGAACUGUGCUCUCGUGCUCUUGGACUUCUUCGUUCGGCAUGGAUAUCUGACGAUGGAGACGGAUGAGAAUUACAUCGAAAUUGUGUCAAGACUGCACAGGAGGCUCGAGUUUCCGACGCCGUGAGCGGCUAAGAUGGGUCAAAUGGGUUAUGUGAGGCCUAGGCGAAGCGGCCAGGCCGUGUGGCGGUGCGACCAGAUCGCUGUCGCCGUAGCUAGUGGAUAUGAAUCAAUCUGCUCUUGC